GGAAGAGAGGAGGGACCAGACCAGCCCACCCUGAUUCAAAGUAAAGGAUGAAUGUCCGUUUAAUUGGCCUGGGGAGAUGUCCUGUUGUCUUCGUUGAACAUGAGGUCCGAAUCAACACGGGGUCAUCAGAGAUACUGAGCCAACAAUAUCAAGGACUUCCAAGCUCCUGAUUGAAAACGAAAUUUUUUACUUUGUUUAAUUUCCUAUCCUUUUUGUUGGUCAAUCCCAAAGGUUUAAUUUAGGAAUAUUUCUGCUGCAUAAACCUAUCAAUUAUUGACAUAUUUCAGUUCACCAGUUCAACCAUCUCAAUGGCGUUUUUAAUGAAAAAGAAGAAGUUCAAGUUUCAAAUCCAUUUUACAUUGGAGGAGCUCACAGCCGUGCCGUUUGUCAACGGGGUACUUUUCUGCAAGAUCCGAUUGUUGGAUGGUGGGGACUUUGCCAUCUCAUCAUCCAGGGAGGAGGUUCAGCAGAACUGUGUUCGUUGGAAAAAGAAGUUCUCCUUCGUCUGUAAAAUGAGUGCCAAUCCUACCACUGGAGUCCUGGACCGAUGCAUCUGCAGGGUUUCUGUACGCAAGGAGCUUAAAGGAGGAAAGACGUUUACAAAGCUGGGCUUUGCUGACCUCAACAUGGCCGAGUUUGCUGGCUCAGGCUCCACCGUGCACUGCUGUAUUCUCGAGGGCUACGAUACCAAGAACACUCGACAGGAUAACUCCAUUCUCAAGGUUACUAUUGGAAUCACCCUUUUGUCAGGGGAUCCCUGCUUUAAAACGCCCCCCAGCACGGCCAAGUCCGUCUCUAUCCCGGGCCAGGACCCCUCCCUGCAGCUGGACUGUAAGGGCGAGGGCACCGAUGCCAACUAUAACCCUCCCCCAGGGGGCGUCACCACGACAUCAUCAGGACGGCCCCUCAAACCCAGACUCCCCUCAGCUCCUCUCAACUCUGGUCUACCUAGGGAGCAGUUGGAACAGAACCUGUCCAGCCCAGAUGAAGUGUUUCACACAGGACUCUCCCGUAACUCCAGCUACGCCAGCCAGCAGAGCAAGAUGUCAGGCUACAGCACGGAACACUCUCGCUCCUCCAGCUUGACAGACCUCACCCACCGCCGCAAUGCCUCAACCAGCAGCAGUACCUCCGGGAGCCUGGGCACCCCUACCCAGACCCCCCACGUCUUCGCCCAUCCCCUCGCAGCAGACCCCCAGACACCAGGAGAGCCAGGCACCAAGCCUGAGAGACCCAUACGGCCCCUACGGCCUGUCCUGCUCUCCAAUAGACCCUCCAGGAGGAAGAAGGACUCUGUGGAAAGCCACCCCACCUGGGUGGACGACACGCGCAUCGAUGCCGACGACAUUGUGGACAAGAUCAUCCAGAGCCAGAACUUUGCUGAUGUCAACAACCAUAAAGAAGACAGCAACCUCAGACUGUUUGUCAGCAAAGAUGGGACUACAGCCCUGAGUGGGAUACAACUGGGAAACAGUGUGAUUGCUGGUGUCUUUGAGCCGGUAGUGAUCGAGAGCCACUAGCGAUGAAGAUUGAUGGAUGUCAAAUCACUCUACCCCCCCUCCCUCCAUCUCACUCAUUCCCUCAGCUGGUGGGAAAAGGGUACAUGGGGGACACUGAAGACAACUCCACUGUUUUGAACUGUUUUGUGUGUGUGUGUGUGUGUGUGUGUGUGUGUGUGUGUGUGUGUGUGUGUGUGUGUGUGUGUGUGUGUGUGUGUGUGUGCGCGCGCACACACGACUGGCUGCCUUUUUGAUCUACACCACUUCAACAAACACCACUAGACAACAGAUGUAACCCUUUAAUCAGACAUUUGAGCAGAUGUUUAAGCAGAUGUAGGUGGGAGGUGAUGUUUAAGGUGAUGUUUAAGGUGAUGUAGGUGGGAGGUGAUGUUUAAGGUGAUGUAGGUGGGAGGUGAUGUUUAAGCAGAUGUUUAAGGUGAUGUAGGUGGGAGGUGAUGUUUAAGGUGAUGUAGGUGGGAGGUGAUGUUUAAGCAGAUGUUUAAGGUGAUGUAGGUGGGAGGUGAUGUUUAAGCAGAUGUUUAAGGUGAUGUAGGUGGGAGGUGAUGUUUAAGGUGAUGUUUAAGGUGAUGUAGGUGGGAGGUGCGACAUAUGAAUAAUCCAUUAAUGUAGAAAAGCUUUUCAAAUCGAUGCUUUCGUCUGGGGGGCCGUAGGUGUAAAGUCCAAAUGUGGCUGCCUCAAGUUGGAACGUUAUGGUUUACCCCAUGUGUAUCCUUUCGUGUAUCAAUUCAAAUGAGGGGAUAGAAUUAUAAAGUUAUAGAAUAUAUGCAUAUAAAUAUGUAAUAUGACAAUAGAUAAUAUUUAUAUACGGACCUGAGAAAGAGAAAGGUAUGCACAUGUGGCUGGCCAUAUGCAACUGUACAUACUGUCAUUGUCUAUGUGUGAUUCAUCAAUUACUCUCAGUAAAUGCAGGUAGGGUUGGUAAUCGAUGAGUCUAGUCUACGCCCUUGGUCCUCCUCCCUUGGCUCUUUUACAUAGUCUGCUUUACGUCCUUAAAGUAAAAUACUAUCCUGAAGUUCACCAGCUGGCUUGGUGUCUAUACUGUAAAAGUAGGAAAAUCAGACUCUUGGUUUUCUUGGUUUCUCUAUUUUUGUUGUUAGUCAUGUGUCUGUCUCAGGAUAUAUGGAUGGUGGGUUACCCUGUACUGUUUUGUCCCUGGCCUGUCAUGUAUGUCACACCUAAUUAAUUUGAGUCUGUAACCAGGUUUCACCCAUCCCCUUUUGGAUUGCUGUUCUCAACAAACCAAUGUUUACAAUGUGAUGCAAAAGGAAACUCGACCGCAUAUUAUUUCAAACUUGCUUUCUCACUGCAAGGGAAGAGUAUUGUUUUUUAAACCUGGUUACUGAUUACUUGAUUGAAUUGGGGCCCAUAAUAUGUUGUUAAGUUACUGAAGUGGGGUACUAAAGUUAGCCAGCUAACAUCAUAGUCCUUCUUUGUGAGGUACUUUCUAUCUGGCCUUGGCCACAUGAGCUGUCCAACUGUUGCCGUUCCACUUAAGUCGCAAUAUCACCCGAGAUGUUGACUCGUUAUCAAGCAAAAUCAACUUACAAGUGAAUAAGGGCUGUAAUGAUACAACUGACAGUAUCUGGUCAUCUUCUCCAAAAUGACCAAGCUAUUCUAUUUCCUGGGGGGAAAUGUCAUUUCAUUUCUGUUGUCCCCGGAUCUUGAAUGUGUUUGAAGAACAUUGCAUUGUAGGUAUGGUGUAGUCAGAGCCAAUCAGAGCCAAUGAGUCAGUCUCAUGCAGCUGCCCCAUGUGGCACAAUGCACCUGGUGUGCACUGGCUUAACAACGGAGGGUUUUCAGAAGAAGCUCCACCCUCAUCCCCAAAUGACAAUGUCCUUUUGUAUGCGUGUUUGUGCCUGUGUGCCUGCGUACGUCUUUGUGAGGGAGGGAGAGGGAACGAAAAUGUGGGAGUUUGUGUGUGUACGUCUGCAUAUUGUGCGUGUGUAUGUCCGUGUGUGCGUGUGUGUGUCUGUCUGCACAUGCAUGUUUGUGCAUGUGUGUAUGUCUGUGCUGCAAACGAAUGUGCGUGUGCAAGUCGAAUUGUUUAUGUGUGCUGAAAUCAGAACAGUUUGCCACUCGCCUGUCUUACGGUUCUUGACCCCUGAGUAUCUUUUCAGUUGAUCUGAGUCAACUCAGCAGGAAUACAGACCUAAUGCAUAGCCUUUCUUACGGUUCUAUACCCCUGAGUAUCUUUUCAGUUGAUCUGAGUCAACUCAGCAGGAAUACAGACCUAAUGCAUAGCCUGUCUUACGGUUCUUGACCCCUGAGUAUCCUUUCAGUUGAUCUGAGUCAACUCAGCAGGAAUACAGACCUAAUGCAUAGCCUGUCUUUUCGCCCUUAGUCUGCUUAAUUAAAAUGUCUUUCAAAGGAAAAAGUGACAAUGGGCUUUUAUCUACCCACAUUUAGCCUCUACAUACUGUGUCUUCCUAACAAGGAUGUUUUAUUUACACCACACCAGACAUUCAUAGCGUACUGAGAUUUGACAUUCAGAGGCAUAGAGAGAAAAUGUCCAAAAUCCUGGCCCUUGAAAAAUAACAUUUGUAUUUUUGUGCCGUUGCAAUGUGCUUUUGUUUUUGUUUCACUCUCCAAUGUGCAUAAUUGACAUUGUAGAUGUUGCUGUUGUACUCUUGAAAAAAGGAAACAUUAAAUGCAUAAGCUAAAACUCCUCUGACAUGAAUAAACAUGCAUGGGAAAAUGUUAACGACA